UACCCGGAAAUGCGAAGUUAUUUUCACGGCGGCUGGCUUAAUCUUGAAUUUGUCUGCAAUUUCUUCGCGUUUCAUUACAUUAAAUGAGACUUGUAUGCAUUCCGUAACCUAAGGUAUGUUAAUAUGUACAGUGGUCUUCUGCCUAAGGGUUUAACUGAAGAAGAGCUGAGUCCGGACGACGAAGAAGAGGAACAGGAGAAUAACGCCGGAGAAGAGAGGGAGAGUCCUGCAAGGGACAAAGAUGGCUCUCUGGCAGGAACGCGAGCAAAAGCUGUCAUCAAUGCCAGCAUCGAAUCGCCCAUAUGCAACCUGCCUGGUAUAUCCCAGGGAAUGUGGCAAAAAUUCAAUGAGCUGAAAAGAAAGAAAGAUGACAUGAAGACGCAGGGGAAAGGGAAAAGACGGCGACGCAAGAAAGGAACAAAAAGCGAACAGCCAACAGAGACAAGGUGUCAGUUGCAGGAGAAGUCGGAGAAGCACUGGGAUGGGCUUAAGCAGUAUUUUGGUGUAAAUGAUCGAUUUUAUCCCCCUGCAAGUUCCAACCCCCUACAGAAGUCCGGCCUAGAAAAGAGCAUAGAGACGGCCAUAGCUGAAGGGGACGUUGCAAAGGCGGAGGAGAUGAGCGACAGACUCGCCACUCGAGAGCUGGCUGUGAAAAUCGCUGAAGCCACUGGUUGCCGUGAUUAUGUGCAGUGCAAACAGGAAGAGGACGCUUUGAGGGCAGCGAAGAAAAGGAAGAAACAAAUAGCUUGGGGGUUUGAGGCAAAAAAGCGUUGGGAAACCAAAAGCAACAUGGGCUACAUGUGACCAACAUGGAUGGGAGAAUGAUGUUGUAUUUUCGCUUAAAGGACCCAUCGCGUCUAAAUGACCUACAUUUCACCAACAAGUUCUCUUAUGUAUUUUUUGCUCCUGAAAAUGAAUCUGGCAAUUAUUUCCCAUACUAUCAAUAACAAUAUGAUGUGACUGAAGCAUUAAGGAGUGGGACUGUCCAGAACUAGCUGCAGUGUGCUCAAACAACCACCAGGUAGCAUCUGUAAGCAGAUAAUACGUACCAUGCUUUCUUUUUCGGACUUAUCAGGUUGGUAGUGCAUUCUCCAAGCAUUUCUCACUCAAGCUUCAAGUAAUGGAUAAGGAAAACAUUAAACCAGACCCACUAUAUGAGCAAAAAAAUAAGAUAAUUCCGGAAGUACUUCCCUGCUCUUCUAUUUCCUCUUACAUAAACACCAUAGCCUGUGUUUUCUCAUGGUCUUUCAGCAUCUCCUCAAGUAUCUUGAGAAAUACAUCAGUAAAAGAAGUCACAAAAUAAAAUACUAGCAGCUAACCUCAUUUUUGAGCGCCAAGUCUGCUUUACUUUCUCAGUUUUUCCACAGACAGUCUUUCUCCCCUAAAGAGUAAUUCGGAUUUUUGGGAUCACAUUUAUCUUGAGUCUUUUAAUUUGAUAUUUUCAAAUCAUUAAAAUGAUUGCUGAAAAUUA